UUUAAUCAUUACUAAGUAGAUACACGAUAACGAGAACGAUCGAACGAUUAAAGUAAAUCAAAAGACAAUCAGGAUUCGAAACGGAACGUUCGAAGAACAAGUCCCUCUUGCAAACAUAGUAAUCGAUCAUCGCUAUGUCUAACAAAGAGGAGUCGAAAGACACGUUGUGGAAGUUGCAAGAGGGAACGUGGACAAUGUGUAUAGCGGAAGUGGUUGGUACCGCAAUAUUAAUUUUCAUCGGUUGUAUGGCGAGCAUCGGUUCAAUGUCGACCGUUUUACCUCCCCCGCUCCAGAUGUCGAUAGCAUUCGGCAUGACCGUGAACCUUAUUAUUAUGAUGUUGGGUCACGUUAGCGGAGCUCAUCUCAAUCCAGCUGUUACGAUCGGUGCAGUCAUCGUAGGCUUAAAAAGUAUUCCCACGGGUACCUUGUACAUAGUGGCACAGUUCAUUGGAGCUACAUUAGGAUACGGAGCGUUAAAGAUAAUAACUCCACCGGAAUUAUUUCACGAUGGAAAUCCAAAUUCCACGGUCGGUCUUUGCGUUACCGUUAUUCAUCCGAGCAUCAGCGUCGUUCAGGGUAUUCUUAUUGAAGUUCUAUGCACAUCUUUCAUACUAUGCGGCGCUUGUGCAACGUGGGAUCCAAGAUGCUCUCAUACCACCGAUUCCACGGCUAUUAGAUUUGGUUUUUCUGUCGUAGCUAUCUCUUUAGCGGCGAGUCCUUAUACGGGAUGUAGCAUGAAUCCAGCUCGAACUUUCGGACCUGCGUUUUGGAAUAGCGACUGGACGAAUCAAUGGGUUUAUUGGUUUGGACCAACAGUCGGAGCAAUGCUUGGAACGUACACGUAUCAAAUCUUCUUUUUGGAGAAGCCGCGAGUAAAAAACGCUUAUGAGUCAUCGACCGCCGACAUGAAGCUUAUGAAAGAAAUGGAAUCGAUCAAAUAUUCGGAACUUGAAAUUGUCGAUGGAAAGUAAAGAUAGGUAAAAUGACAUACAUCGAAUUAGAUUACUUAAAGAAUAAAUAAUUUUAUCGGA